CACAGCAAACCGUGGUCGGUUGGUGUGGCACGUUUCUGCCGGUCGCUCUUGGAGUUUCUAUGCAGCAGAACGAUUCGGUCGCAUUAAAACGCCGGCUAGCCAACUUCUUAUCGAGAGAACCAAACGAGGAGAGCCGUAGGGCGAUAGAGUGAGGGUGGGGGAGAAGGGGGUUUAGGGUUCCGACAGCCAUGGCACCCCCGGAGGACAACGCCGGCGAGGCGGCGGAGGAGGAGGGAUCGUCUAUACCUGAGGUGGCUCCUGCCCCCUCGCCGGCGAAGGCCCCCGCCUGCGGCGGCGACGGACGCCGCGUAUCGACUGUCCUCAUCAUCAUAGCCAUGCAGACGGAGGCGCUCCCCCUCGUCAACAAGUUCCAGCUUUCUGAGGACACCGAUGGUUCCCUGUUUCCUAAAGGUGUUCCAUGGGUCAGAUACCAUGGUAAAUACAAAGAAUUGGAUAUAAAUUUAGUCUGGCCAGGGAAAGAUUCUGUUCUGGGAGUUGAUAGUGUAGGCACGGUAUCAGCAUCUCUUGUCACAUAUGCUUCUGUCCAAGCAUUGAAGCCAGAUCUCAUCAUCAAUGCAGGCACUGCUGGUGGCUUUAAGGCAAAAGGAGCAUGUGUUGGGGAUGUGUACCUGGCAUCUGAUGUUGCUUUUCAUGACAGAAGGAUACCAAUCCCUGUUUUUGAUUUGUAUGGAAUUGGAGCUCGGCGAACCUUGUCCACUCCUAAUCUUGUAAAGGAACUUAACUUGAAGGUGGGAAAGUUGUCUACUGGUGACUCCUUGGAUAUGUCGCCGCAGGAUGAAGCAGCAAUUCUGGCAAAUGAUGCUACAAUUAAAGAUAUGGAGGGAGCAGCAGUGUCUUAUGUGGCUGGCUUACUGUCAGUCCCAGCAAUCUUUGUUAAAGCUGUGACAGACAUUGUUGAUGGAGAGAAGCCCACUCCAGAGGAGUUCUUACAAAACUUGAUUGCAGUAACCGCAGCACUGGACCAGGCUGUUAGUCAGGUGAUUGAUUUUUUAAGUGGUAAAUGCCUCUCCGAGCUUUGACAGCUAUACCUUGGUCAUUUAUAAAUUGUUCACCACCCUCCAGUAAUUUCCGAGGGUUGGUGAUCCUGCUGCUGUUUGAAGUGCUGUAUGUCACCUAUAUUGGCAUAUGAUUAGCCUAUUGGUGCCUCUGCAAGUUAAUGGGCUUAUGAUGUGGGUUGUCAAAUAGCUACUUUUUCACAAAGCCCUAAACGGUUUUCUUGUAUAAAAUCCUCAUUGAUAGCAGUUAAAAAAUAGGACAUUCUGCUGUAUGAGGAUUGUUUGCCUACAGAUGAUAGCAUUUAUAUGCAUGGAAACUUUUGUUAAAUACUGCUUGUUAUAACUUUUGAGAACAAAUAAUUGGGAAAUGCUAGAUGAUUAUGAUUAUGACUC